UUUUCUUUGUAGACUCCUAUUCCCUUUUUAUAACAUACUGCUGCCUUCUUUGAGUGUCACCGGAGAGCUUUUGAUCUCGGUGAACUUAUUUUUGUCAUGGAAUUCAACAAUUCUGCAAACCCAGUUCACCAUACUCCCUUCGAAGCUAAAGAUCGUUGCCAAUGGCAGGACUGUUACUCAUUCAGGGAGUUGAAGCACAUUUUCUCAGUUGUCAUAUUUUUCAUGAUGGUUUCUCAUGCAAUUGCCUAUGAUCCACUGGAUCCAACCGGAAACAUAACAAUAAAAUGGGAUGUUGUGUCUUGGACCCCAGAUGGUUACGUGGCUCUGGUGACUAUGAACAACUUCCAAAUGUACCGGCACAUCAUGACCCCUGGCUGGACCCUAUCAUGGUCAUGGGCUAAGAAAGAAGUGAUCUGGUCAAUGGUGGGAGCCCAAACAACAGAGCAAGGAGACUGUUCCAAGUUCAAAGCGAACAUACCACACUGCUGUGAGAAAACCCCAACAGUUGUUGACUUGCUUCCUGGAGUUCCUUACAACCAACAAAUUGCCAAUUGUUGCAAGGCUGGUGUGGUGGCCGCCUGGGGGCAGGAUCCUGCAGGAUCAGUCUCCUCCUUUCAGGUGAGCGUUGGGCAAGCUGGGACUUCAAACAAAACAGUGAAACUUCCCAAGAAUUUCACUUUGCUUGGUCCAGGACCAGGAUACACUUGUGGCCCUGCCAAAAUUGUCCCCUCCACCAUCUACUUGACUCCUGAUCAUAGACGAAAAACUCAAGCAAUGAUGACUUGGAAUGUUACCUGCACCUAUUCUCAGUUUCUGGCGUCCAAAAACCCCACCUGUUGUGUUUCCUUCUCAAGUUUUUACAAUGAUACCAUGACCCCAUGCCCAUCCUGCGCGUGUGGUUGCCGCAACAAGAACAUGUGUAUCUCUGACUCAAAGAAACUGAAGGCGUUACACAAUCCAAAGAGGAGCAAUACACCAUUGCUACAAUGCACACAUCAUAUGUGUCCCAUACGGGUGCACUGGCAUGUCAAGCUCAACUACAAGGAUUAUUGGCGAGUGAAGAUCGCCAUUACUAAUUUUAACUAUCGGAUGAAUUAUACACAGUGGACACUUGUUGCACAGCAUCCCAAUCUCAACAAUGUCACACAAGUAUUUAGCUUUGAUUACAAGCCUCUUGUCCCCUAUGAAUCCAUAAAUGACACUGGUAUGUUCUAUGGCAUGAAAUUCUACAAUGACCUACUAGUGGAAGCCGGACAGCAUGGAAAUGUCCAGUCUGAGGUGCUUCUUCAGAAGAACAAGGAUACAUUUACUUUCAAGCAGGGAUGGGCAUUCCCUCGAAAAGUUUAUUUUAAUGGUGAUGAGUGCAAGCUGCCCCCGCCUGAUACAUAUCCAUUUUUACCAAACUCUGCCCAUGCAAAUCCAUUUGCCUUUUGGACAAUGGCAGCUCCUCUGCUUUUGAUGAUACUGUACACCAUUUGGUGAUACUUCUAAGAGAAGAGAGAUAGCUUUUGGAAAUCUUUGAGGCAGAAAAUGCAGGGUGGUUUUGAAGGUACGGCACUUUCCUAUGGCAGGUUUAUGAUAUCACAAUGUCCAUAAGCUGUAGAAGAGAUUUUCAAUUGGAUAUUUCAAUCAUACAGAUGUUACAUGAGAGAGUUGAGCUUGCAGAUAAAUAAACUAAAUCAAAGCUCCAUAUGAAAUGUCCAAGAACUCUUGAAGUUUUUCAUGGUACACCAUUGACAAAAUCAACCCUUCAUUUCCUGUCCUUGUUUCUUUUAAUUUGCAAUUUGGAUGUGGAAGUUCAUUAGCUGCCCCUUCUUUUAUGUAGUGCAUGAUCUGAUUAUGUGUUUGGAACUCGAGAAUGAAAAUGGAAAUAAGAUUAAGAUUGUGAGACUA